GCCCAUUACAUCCGGUCGGCGAGGCUGUCUUGCAAUUUCUGUGUAAGAAGCAAACACUCUCAGUCACCCGUGCCUCGAAAAUCCCACGCCGGUGAUGCUUCCACCCUCUGAAGGAGGGACUUAUAAAUGGAGUAUAAAUGUUAGAAGACGCGUUCGGAAAAAUCAGACCGACGGCUUUACAGAGAAUCGGUGAAAUGCAAAGCUUCCCAAAACCUCAGUUCUCCAACUGGCUAUUAGAGCAGGUGGAAACGGGCCAGUAUGCUGGCCUGUGCUAUGUUGCAACAAACAAGUUCAGAGUCCCCUGGAAGCACAACUCCAGAAAAGACUGCAGUGACGAGGACAGUAAAAUCUUCCGGGCUUGGGCAGUAGCAAGUGGGAAAAUUAAUGAGUUCCCUAAUGACAAAGCCAGGUGGAAAACCAACUUCCGCUGUGCUCUGAACAACCUCUCUGUGCGCUUCAAGAUGAUAAAAGAUAACUCCAAGAAUUCUGACGACCCACAUAAAGUCUAUGAGAUUAUCAACACUGCACAAAACCAAGACGGUCUGGCAACACGCGACCCUUGGGAGGGCAGUGACAUUAUACCAGAUAUAUACAGCUCUUCCACAGAGUACCUCCUUUCAGCAAAUGAGCAUGAUCUGGUUAACAAUUUGAUGGCCUUGGGUCUUGGCAGCCAGCCAACAGAGGAGCAACUGUGGACAGAGAACUAUGGCCAGCAAAAUCCACCCCCAACUGAAAGCUAUCCUGUAGCAGCCGGAAACAACCAACAGCUUUUACCAGUUCAGCAAACCUGUUAUGGAGUAACUCCUGCACCAGUACCUCAGCCGGGGCUAUGUGAACUAGAGGUAUCCAUCCACUACAGGAAAAAAGAAAUGGUAAAGAUGACUUUGAACACUCCCAAACUGCAGCUCCACUACAACUCAGAGGCCCAUGAGUAUGACGCAUUCAAACUCUGCUUCCCCUCCACUGACGGUCUGCUGGACCACAAACAGAUUGAAUACACCAACCGCAUACUCAAUAGCAUCCAGAGAGGUCUAUUCUUGGAAGUGCAAGAAACUGGUAUUUAUGCCUGGAGGCAGGAUAGAUGCCAUGUGUUUGCCAGCACCAGUGACCCUAGUUUGGCUAAUGCAGAGCCAGCAAAGCUUCCCCAAAACACCAUGGUGGAGCUCCUUAAUUUUGAAAAGUUUGUGAAUGCUGAAGACCCGAUGCGGGAUGCUGCACUUUUCCCGAACCAGAUUUGA